ACGAUAUCCUAUUUUCUUUCCCCUUUCUUCCUCUUCCAUAGUUGCCGCAGCUGCACCCACCACGACCACCACCUCUAGUUUUUUUUUUUUUUUUUCUUUUUCUUUUUCCUUCUCUCGAUCUUCGUUUCUCUGUUGCCGUCGCCGAUCGCCGAUCGCCGCUCCACCGCCACUUUUUUUUCUCCUCUUCUUAUCUCACUCUCGGCUGCAACCUGACGCCGCCACGCUAAUCACGUUAACCCCGAUUCCCAGCGCAGACCAAAAUCAGUUGAGCAAAAAUAACGGGAGAAACUACCGCAUACUAGUUCCAAAAUCUAUGCUAGCUCAUUAUGCAUGAUUGAAGCUCGCUUCGGAAUCUAGGGCUUGUAAUUCUCGUACGGGAAAGUGGGGGACGGAACUCUUUAGUGAUCAUCCAAGUAUAUUCGUGGUUUUGGCCUGGUUGAAUUCUUUGUUACUGUAGAUAGUGAGACUAGUUUGAAGCGUGUUUGUGAGAAAAUUCGCUAUCUGAUUGAAUUUGGGUUUCAGAGACUUUGUUGCCGGCUCAUUGUUGUGAAUGGAAUAAUUUAAUCCCACCCCAAGGAUUUUGGCUGUAUGAGUUAGGGAUGUCGGUAAAUAACAACAAUGCUAAUAGCAACAGUAUGGUGAGGAAUGUGGGGGCAACUAUUCCAGUGAAUAACAGCCCUAGUAGUAACAAUUUGGGGAGGAAUGUUGGGGCGGCCCCACAUUUUGGGAAUUCAGGCAUGGUUCCGCAAACAAGGCCAAUGAACCAUCAUGGCCAUCUACUCUCUCAGUCACAGCCUCAAAUACAUAGUGGGUCACAUUUUUCAGGUCAUUUUCAAUUGUCCGAGCCACGGGCACGUACAAUGUCUCAUGUACAGUACACGCAGGCUCAUGCUCAGGCACAAGCUCAAUCUGCUCAUGCACAUCUUCAAGCUCAUACUCAACCUGUCCAUCUUCAUAGUGCCAAUGCUAAUAAUGUUAGUAUAACACCCUCUAUUUCAACACCUGGAACAGGGAGUUAUAAGAGGCCCACUCAGAAGCCACCUUCUAGACCUGCAGGGUCUUUUAACACUAGCACUAGUUCACCAUUUAAAACCAUGGAGCUAACUCCAGCCACUAGAAGAAAGAAGGUUAAGCUUCCUGAGAAACAAAUACCUGAUAAAGUUGCUGCUCUUCUGCCAGAAUCUGCUAUUUAUACCCAAUUGCUUGAAGUUGAGGGUCGUAUAGAUGCUGCUCUAGCAAGAAAGAAAAAGGAUAUUCAAGAGUCUUUAAAGAAUCCUUCAUGCAUUCAAAAAACCCUACGGAUCUAUGUCUUCAAUACAUUUGAAAAUCAGAAUCAAAAUAAUUCUGAUCAGAAUAGUGUAGAAUCCCCUUCAUGGUCACUUAAGAUAAUUGGAAGGAUCUUGGAAGAUGGAAAAGAUCCUGUUAUCACUGGAGCCAUGCAAAAUUAUAAUUCUACAUACCCAAAAUUUUCAUCUUUCUUCAAGAAAAUUACUAUAUACUUAGAUCAAAGCCUUUAUCCAGAUAACCAUAUAAUUCUAUGGGAGAGUGCCCGUUCUCCUGUUCCACAAGAGGGCUUUGAAGUGAAGAGAAAAGGAGACAAAGAAUUUACGGCAGUGAUACGAUUGGACAUGAAUUACACCCCCGAAAAGUUUCGUCUUUCACCUUCUCUGUCAGAUGUGCUUGGAAUUGAAACAGACACUCGCUCAAGGAUUAUGGCUGCACUAUGGCAGUACGUGAAAGCUAACAAGUUGCAGAAUUCAAAUGAUCCUUCUUUCAUUACAUGUGAUCCAGGUCUUCGGAAAGUGUUUGGUGAAGAGAAGGUGAAAUUUUCUAUGGUCUCUCAGAAGAUAUCGCAACAUUUAAUUCCUCCACAGCCUAUAAACAUACAACAUAGAGUUAAGAUUUCGGGAAACUCUCCUGUUGGAACUACAUGUUAUGAUGUCAUGGUGGAUGUGCCUUUUCCAAUAGAAAAACAAAAGUCAGCAUUCUUAGCAAACCUUGAGAAGCAUAAAGAUAUAGAUUCCUGUGAUGAAUUGAUUACUGCUGCGGUAAAGAAGAUCCAUGAGCACUGUCGAAGGCGAGCUUUCUUUCUUGGCUUCAGUCAGUCUCCAGCAGAUUUUAUCAAUAACUUGAUAACUUCUCAAACAAAGGAUUUAAAGAUAGUUGCUGGAGAUGCUAGCCGUCUUUCAGAGAGAGAACGUCACUCCAAUUUCUACAGUCAAUCAUGGGUGGAGGAUGCUAUCAUUCGGUAUCUGAACCGUAAACCUGCUGGAAGUGAUGUUCCUGGAAGUACUUAAGGAUGCCGCUCAACAUCAAAAUUGAAAGAGGUGACGUCAGUUUGAUAUUCAUCUCCUUCAUCAACCUUUCCUAAUAGAGGGAGUAAGUAUCAUGAAAAUUAUAGGAAUUCUGUAUUUUAGCCCAUGGCUUGUUUGACUAGGUUAUUAUCUAGUCAGGGAGAGUCAUCUUAAUUGGGCUAUAACUAAAAUAUUUCCAUUUUGUACCAUUUUUCAGCUAGAUGUUAGAAUCAUAGAUGGUUUUGCUUGUCUGUUGCCAAAGGUUCUUUUUCAUACAAAUUACAUCAAACUCAGGCAACUAUCUACCAUUUUCUGUUUCUUAGUGGCCUCUCUUAAAGCUAUCAGAUGUAGGAACAUCUUAUUCUAGAGAGUUUCCUGCAGGCUGCAUUUGGGUGUUCACGAAUGAGUAAUAUUAUUGAAGAUCUGAUUUGUACUGUAGUUGUAGAGCUUGUAUGUGUUGAAGAUUCCUUCAUUCUCAGGAGGCCGCUAAUGGCUAAUAUACCAGGAUAGAUGCAGCGAUUAGCAGACAAAUCCGAUUUGAAACCAAUGCAACUCUAACCCAGGGCAAUAAGAGAGAAGGUCCCACCUCCUCUUAGAUUAUUCUGAUAAAUCUGACCAAACUUUGUGACAGUUUACUGCCAUUAAACUCAUUGCUUUGGUGCUUUGCUAUGCACAUUAAAUGUGCUCCCACUUGUACGUGAUCAAAUUCUUAUCAUGUACAUAACAUUUAUGAAAGUUCCUGAUUAGUUAGAUUACAAAUAACUUGAGUUGUUUUGAGGAUUUCAUUUGAAAUUUAUUUAUUUCUAUA